AUGUGUAUGUGUAUGUGUAUGUGUAUGUGUAUUGUGUGUAUGUGUAUGUGUAUGUGUACGUGUACGUGUAUGUGUAUGUGUAUGUGUUUGUGGAACAAUGAGCAAUUGGCUUGUUUACCAUCACUCAUUGCUUAUACACGCCUCCCCUUCUUCCUGUUUUAAGACCUCGUCACUCAUUGGUUACUGAAGUCACGUGACGACAGAUCUGAAUUUCCGUUUCCUUGAUGUAAGUCGGCUUUGUCAGCAAACUAACUAUAAACCUCUCUAAAUCUUCUACAUUGUUCACCACAUUGAGAAUUGUAGUUUUGCAGACCCCGAGAACUGUGAAUGUCUACCUGAUGCUCCACACGGCUGUUUGGUACAGAAACUUAACCCACGUCCACCCGUAGUGUCUACAUCCGGAGUAUGAGUGAAUUGACCAGGAAACAAUCGCAGAAGAAAAUCGAAAUCUCAUUCUAUGUAAAGAAUGAAUAAAGAUCUGUGUGCGUGUGCGUGUGCGCGUUUGUGUGUGUGUGAUUUGAGUUUAAUAGAGAAAGUUUCUGACAUUUAAAGAAUUGAAAACAUAGAUGUUUAGUGUAUUUGUUCGUGCUUUUCUAUGUUCUAAAAUGUCCUUCCUCUUCUUCUAAAACCAUCACCGUUCUAGCAAACAGAUGUAACGUAGGUCUAUGCUAAUUGUACAGCUUUCUAAAUACUUUAAUUGACAAAGAUUUAUUUUCUAAAUUCUAUUGUCUAAUUACCAGGGGGAGAACUAAAAACAGAAAAUCUUUUAACUUAAGCAGAAAAAAGUAUUUCUUAUUGUUUCUUUAUUCUUUAGAAAUAUAUUCUGUCAUAUUUGACUAAGUAUUAUCAUUGUGUCAUUACAAUGAGAUUGAUGUAUCUUUUUAUUUGUUUCACUCAAAGUGUUAUUGUUCUCAAAUAAAACUAUUUCUAAUUCAAUAUAACGGAAUUUUUAUUUAGGAAUUGUAGUGAGCUGAGGACAAAUAGCUGUCAAAUACUAUUUAGACAUUAAUUCAACAGGUGGACAAAACAAACCGGAUGUCAACCGAGAGUUAAGUAUUGAGUUUUACCAGACUAAGUUGUAAAAGGAAUAUGAAACCUGUUGUUCAAGUCAUAGUAUAUCAGUUAACAUCACCGGUACUGUUCCUAACUAGAAUAAUUAUUGUGAUUGUGCUUCACAACCACCGAUCAUUAUUUGUUGCACGGCGUGUAUCGUCCUUUCACGCACCUUCACCGGUAUCCAAGAAAACUUACCCAAAUCUUCGAUAGGAUCAUGGAUACAAUGAGGAACAUUGUCCUUUUCUGCUUGUGUCUGGUUUUGGUCGUCAUGGUGACAAGAAGCACCUGGGGUGCAAAAGAGACAUGCGCAGACCUAGAGUUUCAUGGCUUCAGAGAUGGAGAAACUGCCAAAGUUGAAGAGAAAACUUACCUGAACGUGAUCUUUCACGUCAGCACGACAAAGUGCACGACCUUACCUACCUGGUUGCGGGUCAAGGUGUCCUACCAUCAGGCGAAUUUCACCCUCAACGUCUGCAGCAUCAUCUUCGAGCGUCAAAUAUGUGAUAUCUCAUACAAGUCCCACCCUUGUCGUUGUGUGAAUGACUGUAAUGGCGCUGCCCAGCUGUACAUGGAGUUCAACAUGUCCGGCAAUGUCUCCUACAUCUGGAGCUUGAGUGACUCUACGUCCGGCCAGAUGCAGAAGAAAGCGCAAAUCAUAUUUGAUGUCUCGAGUACAGCUUCCACUACUGAACCUUCCUCUACACCGACUGACGGAGGAGUGGACAAACCAGAAGUGACGACAGCAAGAGUGACUCCCCCUGGGAACGAACCCCAAAACGAGAGCGACAUCUUUCAAGUGAUUUUCUUUACAAGUGUUAUCACUGCCUCAGUCAUCGGCGUGCCCGUAGUCACAGGAAUCAUCAUUUAUGUUUAUAGAGCCAAAAAGAGGAGGAAAGAAAGGGAAACUUCUGUCUCUCAAGGCAAUGGUAAGUGCAACAUUUAUAUUAAAUAAGUAAUUAAAACAUAGAACAGGUAUACUAGUAGACUAUGCACGAUUAACUAUAUAUAAUACUAAUGUUGUUUGUGAAGCUGUCAUUUAGUUACAUAACACUUCUGUAGCACAGCUUUUGACAAACAGGGGAUAUUACUACAGAGAAGAUAACUACUGUCUUCCUAGGCGAUGAAGCGUAAAUCACGUAUAGUAAUAUAUUAAUUGCUUGAUUAUCUCAAGAAAAAUUGGUGUGCAAAUGUGUUUGUGUUGAUGUUUGAAUUCACAACGAGUCAAGACUGUGUCAUGAACAGAUAGCAGAAGAGAUAGUAGUUUGAUCUUUGUACAAGGAAGGGUUACAUUCGGAGAAUAAAAUUAUAUUACUUGUGUUUAAAAGAAGAGGGAAGCAGUCUACGUUCUACUCAAUACAAAUUCUCGGUUCAAAUUAUUUGUUAUACGCGCUCGAGAGACAUUUUCAAAGUCAGAUCUUUUCACUUUGUGAACCGGUCGGCUUGUCGAUACCCACAUUGUACUUGUUGUAUAUAGUUGGACUCAGAUCAGCUAACAUGAUAUUUUUCUUUGGAACUCUGCGUACGCGGCCCGUUUAUUUUUUUUUCUUGUACAUCUUCUAUAGGAUUAGCCAUGACCUUUGUGACCACCGUCUUUAACAAGUGUCUUGCCAUUCGUGGAACGUGUGAAAUAUCUUUUAGAGAGUUGUUGUUUAGGUGAUGCUACCUCUUAACACUAAGUUCUUAACACCGGAGUUCAGUACUGAAUGAACUCAUCGUAACUAAGUCACCGACAGACAUCUCAAAAUCAAGGUGGACAACAGACUAUCUGGCCGAUGGGUAUGAAGAACUUGGUCAGCAAUGGAAACCUUGGCACCCUUUGCAUCUUUGUGAUCUUCACGAGGACAGCAGUACAAGUCAAGAAAGUGAAUUGAACUGAAAUGAACAGAACUAAACAUGUUGUGCCACUCAUCAAUUUUCUUGCUCUGGCUUGUCCUGGGCAGGCCGAUGAACUUUGAUGAACAUGUUUGCUUUUCUCUUUCUGUCUAUCCCUGUUUUUGUCGACAUUAGCCUCCAGACGACAAUAAGCGAAGCUCCUGCUGUUGUUGUGUAACCACUGCAACGACAACCUCGAGGCCAGCAUGUAAGUAAUGAUUAGUGUCAAACAGUCGGAGAAGUUAGUCUCUUUUUUGCGUGGAUGUGUGUGAGUGAAGACGUUGUACUACUUGUUUAUUAUUAGUUCUGCACAAUAGUAAGUACUGUCUUCUUGACAAGAGAAGUUAUAGUUGUUAGAGCAGUAUUAUUUUACGUUUGGUUUAUUUAAUUAAUUAAAUUUUUUAAAUAGAAUGAGUGAUAAAGCUCGCAGGUUAAAGGUCAGAAAAAUUGAGGGCUUCAGGGACAAUAUAAUCCUUUUGUCGUCACUUUGUGCUGUCUUUCAGUCUUUCGACUACCUCCGUCUUCUCUCUUCUUUAAUCCCCUGUGUGUUUCUAGCGUGUGUGUCUGAGUGUGUAUGUGUAUGUGUAUGUGUAUGUGUUUGCUUUUGCGGAACAAUAGGCAUUUCGCUUGUCUACGAUCACUCAUUGCUUACAGGGACCUCCCUUUCUUCCUGUUUUUAAGACUUCGUCACUCAUUGGUUACUGAAGUCACGUGACGACAGAUCUGAAUUUCCGUUUCCUUGAUGUAAGUCGGCUUUGUCAGCAAAACUCUAACUAUAACCUGUCUUAAUCUUCUACAUUGUUACUACAUUGAGAAUGUUUAGUGUUGCAGACCCCGAGAACAGUGAUUGUCUACCCGAUGCUCCAGACGGCUGUUUGGUACAGAAACUUCACCCGAGUCCACCCGUAGUGUCUACAUCUGGAGUAUGAGCGACUCGACCACGAAACAAUCGCAGAAGAAAAUAGAAAUCUCAUUCUAUGUAGUGAAUAAAUGAAGAUCCGUGUGCGUGUGUGUGUGUGUGUGUGUGUGAUUUGACUUCGUUAGAAAAAAAUUCCGACUUUUAAAUAAUUUAAAACAAAUAUGUAUGAUGUAUUAUUCUGUAUUUUUUUUGAGUAUCAACGAGAAAAGAAGUGCUAUAUAGAUUGCUAUGUCUUAGUUGUUUUGUGAUAGAAGAGGGCAUGAAAAGGAGAUAGUUUGACAGUAGUUAAUGAGAGAGAGAGAGAGAAAGCUGUCAAAGCAUGACAUCCAAGCUAGUGUCACGUGGACAAACCGUUAAUAGUUGCACGGCCCCCUGAUGUACAUCACAAACAGCGAUCGGAAGUAAAAGAACAAACGGCCUUCAGAGCUCGUGUAUAUGAAAUAAAGACACAAAGAAAAGCUUUGAUGCUUUGAAGUUAUAAUUUGCUAGUGAAAAGGAAACUGCAGUGAACAGGUUAGAACAAGAUCCUCUGUUAAUGCCUUAGUUAAGCUUCUUUGGCAAAACCGAGGUUUCAACUGAGCUUAGCACGAGUUUGCACGUUUAUAUGUACAAACAUGCAUACUGAAGAUGUGUAUCUGUUCUGGUUGUUUUAUGUGUAUGUGAUUACAAGUUACAGUUCAAACACACUGAGUUUGUCUGCAUAGACAGGGAAGUGUUUUAGUAUUUACUUUUGUCAAAUGAUUUCGACUAUGACCACUUCAAUUUUAGUCUAAUAAUCACUUGAGUUUCGAUUUGUCUCACACAGUAUAUAAUCUUUUCAAAAUCUGGUAUAGGGGUUAGGAAAUAACAGUUUCAAAGAUUUACCAAAUAAGGCUUACAUUUAACAAAGGGACCGUUUCGACUGGUGACUAAUCAGGUCACGUGUUUACAAAGUUCCGUGUUCAGGAUUUGUUUCAUUAGCAAAAAGUUUUGCUUAGUCGUCAGUCAGCGUUGUGAGCUUGAGCCAGGUUCUUGGAUGACACCAUCAGCAACAAUACAACACCUUAGGCUCGCCUGGUAAUUCAGUAAAAAUUAGGAUUAAGACGAGAAGCAGCAGCAGCAGCAUUGAAGUGGAACAAGAAUCAAACUAUCAGCAGCAAUAGCAGUAUGAGAAGUAGCUGUAGAAGUAGUAGAAGGUGAAAGAACAUUGACUUGUGGUCUUGUUCGUCGAGUCAGCAACUGAGGCUAUAUCCGUAAGUGCAUGAAAACUGAUGUCAUGGUCGGAGAGAAAAUACUAGUAUAACGAAAACGACGAUCAUAUCUUUGAUAAAUAUGACAACGAUUAUGAUAAAGACGAAAAGGACAGAAAGGAAAGUUUUUUUUUUACAUUGCACAAUACUUCUUUUGAUU